UGCAAGUGGAAAGCCAAUAAGUCAUGGUGAACUGCAAAAAUACGAAAUGUGUCAAGGGCAUCAAGCAACAGAGGGAAAGGUAUCAGGACCAAGCGGCGGUGCACAUGACAAGGGAUCGGGUUCGCCUCUGGGAUUAGGACCAAGCAGCGGUGCACAUUGCAGGGGAUCGGGUUCGCCUCUGGGAUUAGGACCAAGCGGCAAUGCACAUGGCACGGGAUCGAGAGGCGAUGCAAGUGGCCAGGAUUUGGGAGGAAGCGGCGGUGCAAACGUCAAGGGCGUAAGUCAUGGAGAACUGUCAAAAUGUGUCGAGGACGUCCUUCCGGAUGACCAAGUUUGGGUGACCACUUUGUUGGCGAUCGAGAGUGUUACUGCGCAAGUGGAUAAUUCUGGUGCACUUGCAGAAUUAGAGAUGUCAUUGGAUAUGUCGGCUGAGAAAGAUGAACAUGAAUUCUCUCUGGACAUGAAGAAUGAAAGCGCGACUGCAGGUGCAAACGAAACUGCCAAUGUACAGGUCAUCGAAGAGGAUGAAGGACAUAUAGUACUAAGUACACGGGAGCAACAUACGCUUGUACAACCUGAACUUAUGGUUGCAAAAUCAGAAGCACAACAGUCUGCUAACCUCGUCAUAUCUAUCGACGAAUCUCCUUUUACACCAUCGCAUGGUGCGAUAGAAGAUCGUGUUGAAGACAAAGUGUAAGUGAAUCACCGAGUGCAUGACCCUUCGUUCCAGAUUCCUUUAGCAACAAAAUGCCUCACCGUAG